CCCCUCUUAGCCAUUCUGGCCUACUGGAUCGGGUUGCGCUCGCGGAUUUUUGGGAGUUCUCGAUACGGCUUGGCUGAUCAGAGAGUACGGACUGAACAAGAGAGGUUCCAUCUUCUUUUUCUAUACUGUGCUCAGUCAUUCAAUCGUUUUCCAGGACCCUUGGAAAUGAUUGCCGAACGUGAGAGCAUCUACCGUUUACUGGCUCAAGUUACUAAAGAUAACAUGAAUAAGGCUAUAAACAAGUAUACCAUCGAUCCUCGCACCCGGUAUGUAUCGUUAGAGAUGCCAUUGCAACCUGAGGAUGUAGUUCAGAUCGUUAGCUCGGACAACCCGAGAAUGGCACCAAUAAGCCAAGCUCUGGUUCUGAACAAUGCCAGCUCAGUUCAUGCAAAUCCAGCUCUCCGGAAGUAUUCUUUAUGGAAGUUCUGCCAUUUAGCACUUGCACCAUACAAAUUGAAACUUUACGAUCUGGAUGUAUGUUGGAACGAUGGAAGAGCCCUGGCUGGACUAGUGGCUAAGUUCCGACCAAGUGCUUUGGACUAUUUCAAUGUUAUCAACAUGCAGAAUGUCAACGAU